AUGCCGGCGUUUCUUAAAUAUAUUGACAUGGAAAAUUUCAAGUCCUACCGGGGGCGACACAGAAUAGGGCCAUUAAAAUGUUUUACUGCAGUUGUAGGACCUAAUGGCUCAGGAAAGUCAAACUUCAUGGACGCUGUGAGUUUUGUGAUGGGUGAAAAGACUUCUCUUCUCCGAGUGAAACGUCUUAGUGACCUUAUUCAUGGCGCUUCUAUCAAUAAACCAGUUUCUAGAAGUGCAUCGGUCACAGCAUCUUUUUUACUUGAAGAUAUGACAGAAAAGCAGUUUCAAAGAUCUGUUAUAGGACAAUCUUCUGAACACAAAAUUGAUGGACAGUCAGUGUCAGUUUCUCAUUACUUGAGUGAGUUGGAGAAGCUUGGUAUCAACGUGAAAGCCAAGAACUUCCUUGUGUUUCAAGGAGCCGUUGAGAGCAUUGCUAUGAAGAAUCCUAAAGAAAGGACUGCACUGUUUGAAGAAAUCAGUGGGUCAGGAGUGCUAAAAGAACAGUAUGAAGCGUGCCGCGCUGAAGUUAACCGUGCCGAUGAAGAGGCACAAUUCUCUUAUCAGAAAAAGAAAGGAGUGGCCGCAGAGAGGAAAGAAGCAAAAUUUGAGAAGGAGGAGGCUGAAAAGUACACACGACUUAAGGAGGAACUGCAAGAGCAAAAAGUAGAGCUGCAGCUGUUCCACCUAUACCACAAUGAGAAAGAGAUUCAGUCCAUGGAAGAAGAGUUACAGCACAAGCAGUCUGAACUAGCUAAAGUUGAAAAGAAACGUCAAAAGGCAGAAGAUGCUUUGAAAGAGAAGAAAAAAGAAACUGGAGCUAUACAAAGAGAGCUGGCAAAAAUUGACCAGGAGAUAAGAGAAGUGGAAGCAGAAAUCUCAAAGAAACGUCCAACAUUUAUCAAAGCGAAAGAAAGAGUGACUCACACACAGAAGAAGCUCGAAAGUGCUCUGAAGACCCUGGAGCAGGCGCGGAAGGCCCACGAAGCUCACCAGGCUGAUAUCAAGAAGUUGGAAGAUGAACUGAAGGAGGUGGAAGAUCAAAAGGCACAGUGGGAGACCACUACGUUAGGGACCACACAUACUGGGAGAGCUGAUGUACAUUUGGAGGAAGCACAGAUUCGAGAGUAUGAAGAGUUAAAGAUGGAAGCAUCACGUCAGGCCGCGCGGUAUCUUCAGGAGCUAGACUCUGUGAACCGUGAGCAGAAGGCUGACCAGGAUAGACUCGACAACGAGAUGCGACGCAAGGGAGAGCUGGAGAACAAGCACAGACAGAAGGGUCACGAACGGAACGAGGCAAUGAAACGUGUAGACAAGCUAAACGAACACAUCCGCAGUUCUGAACAAGCGCUUGAGGAACAACGGAGGUUGAGGGCUGAACUACAGGCGGACGUGGGCGAGUGUCGCGGUCGUGCGCAAGAGCUGCAGACCCAGCUGGAGGAAGUGGCCGCGGCGUUAGGGGACGCCAGGGUUGAUAAGCACGAAGAAGCGAGGCGGAGGAAGAAACAAGAGAUUGUAGAGAGCUUCAAGAGAGAUAUACCGGGAGUGUAUGACCGUAUGAUCAACAUGUGCCAGCCGACCCACAAGCGGUACAACGUGGCCAUCACCAAGGUACUCGGCAAGUACAUGGAGGCUAUUGUCGUCGACACGGAGAAGACAGCCAGGAGAUGCAUUCAGGUACUAAAAGAACGUAUGUUGGAGCCCGAGACCUUCCUUCCUCUUGACUACAUUCAAGCGAAACCUCUUAGAGAAAGAUUAAGGGACAUAAAGGAGCCGAAGAACGUGAAGCUGCUGUUCGACGUGCUGCGCUUCGAGCCGGCCGCCAUCCACCGCGCCGUGCUGUUCGUCACCAACAACGCGCUGGUCUGCGAGACGCCCGAGGACGCCAGCAGGGUCGCCUACGACCUGGACAGGAGCAAGAACAGCAGAUACGAUGCUCUAGCGUUAGACGGUACAUUUUACCAAAAGUCUGGAAUAAUAUCUGGCGGUUCCUUGGACCUGGCUCGCAAGGCCAAACGGUGGGACGAGAAACACCUUUCACAGUUAAAAUCUAAGAAGGAAAAACUAACAGAAGAGCUUCGUGAGUCGAUGAAGAAGUCCCGGAAGGAGUCGGAGCUGACGACGGUGGACUCCCAGAUCCGGGGACUCGAGUCACGCCUCAAGUACGCCAUCACUGACAGGGACACUACUUUAAAACAAAUAAAAGCCCUUGAUGCAGAAUUAGCUGAGUUUGAAAGGAAAAUUGAAAUGUUCGGUCCGCAAGUAGAGUCUAUCGAGCACACGAUAAGCGCGCGGGACGCCAAGAUCCAGGAGAUCAAGGAGAACAUGAACAAUGUGGAGGACGUCGUGUUCAGAGCCUUCUGCAGGGACAUCGGGGUUGCCAACAUCAGGCAGUACGAGGAGCGGGAGCUGCGCGCGCAGCAGGAGCGCGCCAAGCGCCGCAUGGAGUUCGACGCGCACAUCGACCGCAUCACCUCCAACCUGGAGUUCGAGCGCUCCCGGGAUACGCAGAAAAACGUGACACGCUGGGAGAGAGCCGUGCAGGACGCGGAGGACGAGCUGGAGGGCGGGCGGCAGGCCGAGGCCAAGCAGCGCCAGGAGAUCGACGCCGAGCUGCGCAAGGUGGACGCGCUCAAGGCCCAGCGCGCCGCCUCCCGCGCCAGGCAGGACCACGCCGACGAGGACGUCAACAAGGCCCGCAAAGAGUUGACAAGCAUACAAAAGGACAUUCAAAGCGUUCAGAAGCAGAUCUCCAACAUCGAGUCUCGCAUCGAGAGCAAACGUUCCGACCGACACAACAUACUGCGACAGUGCAAGAUCGACGAUAUAAUAAUCCCGUUGUUGGAGGGUAAUUUGGACGACACGGCGGACACCGAGUCCGACCCCUCCUCCAUGUCCACCACGCAGCAGUACCGCAAGGAGUCCAGGAUCCGCCUAGACUACCGCUCUCUGCCAGAAUCUCUGAAGGAACUGGAGGAGUCGGACGAGAUCAAGCGCAAGGCUGACAAGCUGCAGAAGGCGAUCAAUUCACUACAGAACACUGUUGACAAGAUACAGGCUCCCAACAUGAGGGCAAUGGAGAAACUGAACGAGGUGAGGGAGAAAGUGAACGCCACGAACGAGGCGUUCGUCGUGGCGAGGAAGAAAGCGCACAAAGCUAAGCUCGCCUUCGAGAAGGUGAAGAAGGAAAGACACGAUAAAUUUAUCGAAUGUUUUGAACACGUCGCUAAUGAAAUUGACGCUAUAUACAAGGCGCUGGCGAUGAACCAGUCGGCGCAGGCGUUCCUGGGCCCGGAGAACCCCGAGGAGCCGUACCUGGACGGCAUCAACUACAACUGCGUGGCGCCCGGCAAGCGCUUCCAGCCCAUGUCCAACCUGUCCGGCGGGGAGAAGACCGUGGCCGCGCUCGCGCUGCUCUUCGCCAUACACAGCUACCAGCCGGCGCCGUUCUUCCUGCUGGACGAGAUCGACGCGGCGCUGGACAACACCAACAUCGGCAAGGUGGCCUCCUACAUCCGCUCCAAGAAGGGGAACCUGCAGACUAUCGUCAUUUCGCUCAAGGAGGAGUUCUACGGAUGUGCGGACGCGCUCGUCGGGAUAUGUUCUGAGCCUGCUGAUUGUCUGGUGAGCGACGUGAUGACCCUCAGCCUGGAACAGUACCCCGACUAG